AUGAAGACGGUGUUUGUUUGGAUGGUUGCAUUGACGGAUAUUAUAGUGACAGUUGUAAUACAUGCUUGUAGUAACAAUUGUGUGACAUGUUCUGGUGUAAGCAGUUGUAACACAUGCAAAAAUGGCUACUAUAUUGGCCGUAAAUAUGAUGAUAAUAAAUAUGAAGACGAUUGUAGUUUAUCGUGCCCGGACAACUGCAUUUCAUGCACUUCUUAUUAUAACUGUAGCAUAUGUAAUGAUGGAUUUUACAAUGGUAGACAAUAUCCAUCAAGUGAUGUUGUAGCCUACGAUUGUCAACAUGCUUGCAGUAGCAAUUGUGCAACAUGUUCUGGUCCAAGCAGUUGUAACACAUGCAAAAAUGGCUUCUAUAUUGGUCGUAAUCCGGAAAAUAAUAAAUAUACAGAAGAUUGUAGUAUAUCAUGCCCGGACACCUGUGAUCUAUGUGAUAAUUGUGAGGUAGGGAAGAACGGGAGUGUCGACUGCGUUAAUUCGUGUUCUGUAGGUUGUGAAAAUAAAAACUGUACUUAUACUGGGGAAUGUCCUAGGUGUAAGGAGAGAUUUACCGGGGUUAAAUGUGAUAGAUGUGUCGAUGCCACUACCGACACAGACACGAGACCAGCUGAUGUUUACCAACCUACAACUGUGUAUGAUACCGAUACUCACACGAGACAAGCUGACGUCAACCAACCUACAUCUGUGUAUGAAAGUCUAACAGCUACCGGUGUAAACCGGUUCGCUGAUUAUAGUUCGCUAGAGCUACAGGAUGUGCCAACAUUAGAAUUGCCGAAUGAUCACACAGUCAAAUUAGAUCCUGGAGUCCAAUACUACAAUGUAUCGGCAAAAUAA